UUUCUACAAAAUGCAGUUGGAGAUACCUUUAAUUGUCAAUUCUGAUUCUUAAUACAAACUUAUGAAAUGCAUUUUCAAUAAGACGCAUUGUAAAAGUAAAAGUGAUACAGAGAACUGUUAAUGUGAAUUGUGAAUUGUCGCUAUUUUAUUUUAUUUACAUUUUGCUCAUCAUUUAGAACAAGUGAAAAGUAUUCUCGUAAUGAUUACGAGCGUUCUUUUUCAUGUGUUAUACAGCAAGGGCACAAUAUUUGGCUAACUAAAAGACGAAAGGUUGAUUAAAACUCAUAUUAUCUCUGCUGCGUAGAAACAUUACAAUUCAAAAUGGGAAAACAAAAUAGCAAACUGAAACCCGAGGUUUUGGAAGAUCUGAAACAGAACACAGAAUUUUCAGAUGCCGAGAUACAGGAGUGGUACAAAGGAUUUUUAAAGGAUUGUCCCAGUGGGCAUUUGUCGGUGGAGGAAUUUAAGAAAAUAUAUGGAAACUUUUUCCCGUACGGGGAUGCUAGUAAGUUUGCUGAACACGUUUUUCGAACGUUUGAUGCAAAUGGCGACGGGACUAUAGAUUUUCGGGAGUUCUUAUGCGCUUUGAGCGUGACGUCACGGGGCAAAUUGGAGCAGAAGCUCAAAUGGGCAUUCUCUAUGUACGAUCUGGAUGGAAAUGGUUACAUCUCACGACAGGAAAUGCUUGAAAUUGUCACAGCUAUCUAUAAAAUGGUGGGUUCCGUGAUGAAAAUGCCCGAAGACGAAUCCACGCCCGAGAAACGAACGGACAAAAUAUUCCGACAAAUGGAUAGAAAUAAGGAUGGAAAAUUGUCGCUCGAAGAGUUCAUAGAGGGCGCCAAGAGCGAUCCUUCCAUUGUACGACUUCUUCAGUGCGACCCGCAGUCACAGUGAUACCUCAAAUAUUAACCUAUUCGACCGAGCAAACCAAACCACCUCGGUCCCCAUUGCUAAGCAAAUCUAUUGUACAUGAUCACUUAACUGCUUGUAAGAGCUAGUGCGCGGCGUAAAGCAUUACUGCAUAUAAAAUCUUUUCAGAUCGUUGUCCUGCUGCUUGGCUGUUCAAAUAUUCUUCCUUUGUGUUCGUGGCUAAAGCCUGAUUUAUUCAUAUCUUACUUUAGGUAAUGUGAAAUAUAGUAAUUUUACGUGUUACGCUAUACUAUCUCUUUUUGCGAUUCGGACAUGACGCAGGAGCUGUGUUCCAGGAGUAAUGAAAUAUGUUGUACGUGGAAAGUUAAACAAAAAUAUAAGAAAGUAGUUCCUACGGUACUGUAUUCAAACGGUGCUUGCUGUAUUGAAGUGGUUGCUGAAUACUAAUUUCCUUUAUAAGUACUUUCGUUAAAGAAAAUAUUGUAAUCGAAUCGAAGGGAGUUCCCCUUCUAGCCAUGGGAUAAUAAAAAGGUGCAGGUUUAGUGUGAAUCGAUGCAAAUGAAGGGCGUGGUCGGCUUUUGUGUUGUUUCUGAAUCGCAAAGUAUAUCUCGAUACUUGUAUAUCAUUAGUAAUUUUUAUUAUUAAGUAUAAUAUAAUUAAGUAAAAGACAACCAGUCAACAGGACAAAGGAAAUGCGACUAUGUUUAAUGUGUUUUUCCCAAUUAUUAUUAUUGUAGUUAGGAUAGUGAUACCAUUUUGUCCACAUUUAGCGGUCUAAAAUUGGGUUAAAAGCCCGCAUUAUCGAACGCAGCUUAUCUUUCGGUCAGUUCACUCGUUAUAUUGUCUUCGAUACUUCUUUCAUAAUUACAUUAUUCGAUAGUAUGAUGCAAUUGUUUUAGCGUAUUCGAUGAAGUCUGUAUAUUAUGAUGGGAGAUCUGGGCGAGAGUCUGAAGGACGGUCAAAAUAGGUAAAGGCGUGUUUCUUCGGUGUUUGUCUUUGAGUGCUUAUAUACACAAUACUAUAGGAUUUAUUUCAUAUUUUUUAUGAUAUAUUAUCAAUAGAUGACGAAGUUAUCAUAAUAUACUGCUUGUGCUAUUUAGUUAUACCAAAACAAAGAUCUGAAAUUGAUGCUUCUUACGUAUCUGUAAUUUAGUAAAGGAAAUAUAUCCUGCAUAAAACGAAUAUUAUUCUAUAGUUGUUGUUAUAUUCAUAAUAUGAAAAUUCGGAAUCAUUUAAGCAAGACAAUAAAGUUCUAAACUCGACGUAACGAGUUGCACCUUUAUUUUAUUUGAUUAUGUACACAAGUGCAUUGCGUUAAAGUAGCAGUUUCAGAGCAAAUAAUAACGUAGCGGUCUGCGCGUGUCCGCGUGUCCGCGUGUGUUGGCAAUGCAGUAUCUAAUUAACACUUAUGACAAUAUAUCAAUGCUGUGUUAUCAGAGUUUGAUUUAAACACGGAGGCAAAUGUAUUCCGGAAAGCGAGUCAGCAAUAUAUAGACAUAGAGUUAGUAAUGUUCUUAUGAGAAUUCGAGUAAUUUUUCUAUAUACAUUGUAAUAUUAGAAUCGUUUCGUAUUCGAUGAAUGGAUUAUAUUGCAUUCAUAGGUACAUUAUACCAAAUCGCAAGUAUUUACCCUGUGUGAAACCAGUUGGCACGGUUAGACUAGUGUCUUAGUGUCGGCGUAGAGAUGGGCGUGUUCAUUAUAUAAAUAAGCAUACACUAUCACGACGUCCAUAAAUAUAAUUUACAAGAUUCCUUUCCUUAGCUUCCUUAAGGUACAUGCCAACUGUUUUCACUGGUAACGAUAUACAUCACGUGGAUCUGAUAAAUACGCUUUUAUCUUGCUAGUCUUUAUGGUCUAUAUAAUUAAUUAUAUAGUCUUCAAAAGAGUGCCUGGUAUAUAACCGAUACCAUCAAUGUAACUAAAUUGACAAUUUACACAAAUUUUAUGCAUCAGAAUUACAAUAAUUAUACAUUAUUUAGGAUAUAAUCAGAUCCUUCUACACGACCUGAAUUUACAUUAUGACAUGCAAAUAUUAGUAUACUGUUAAAUAUAAUAUAUUAAUUUAUGAUCCGAGACGUUCAAUCGCAUAGCUGAUAUUAUAAGGCUUAGUUUUAAUGUGUUUAAAUCUAAUCAAAGUCAGCCUGAGUAUUAUUCGAUUAUUUGUAAUUUGAUUUGUAAGAAUAUUGCGUACGAUAAGUUUUAUAAAUAUAUUUUAAGAAUGGUAAAGUGAGUCGUCGAUCGAGGGAAUAGUGCGUAGGCUGUUGUGUAGGGCCUUGUCGAGGGAAUCGCGAAAGAUAUACAAUUGAUUGAUAAUAAGCUUAGUACAAAUUGUAUUGACAAACUUUUGUAGACUGUAUAAUAUUAAAUGUAUAAAGAUAGUAUCGUUUUACUGAAAUGUAUUUUUGAACGAUUAUUAGUUAGAUAGGUAUAGAUUUGAUUCGUGACGACAUCGUACGUUUAUUUGCAGUAGACAUCGCGAUGUGAGCCUUAAAAACUGAUAAAAAACAUUGGAUGCCGUAGAUAUAUAUAUAUAUACUUUAUUGUAUAGAGAAUUAUUAAUUAUAGUUAUUUUACAUAGCUUAGAAAUCGGCAUAUCACAUGGAAGAUACAUAACAGACAAAAUCUGAACAAUAUCGAAACCCUUGAUCUUUAAAAACCCGAAAUUGAAUAUUAAAAUGAUAAUCUAACAACAAUAAGUACGUUUAUACAAACUUAAAUAAUGUCUUCUGAAUAGACUUGAUGUGCUCACAUUUUGUAUUAUUAAUGUUUGUUAUUUAUCAAACGUUUAUUGAAGAAAGACAUUUUAAUAAGCAUAUAAGACUUGCUUAUGAGUGUGAAUUUUGUAAUUAUUCAUUUCUUGAAGAAAUUAAAAAUUUCGUAGCUUUGCUGUGUCCGACGGCACUAAUACUACAAAAAUUAAAAAAAAAUAUAUAUAUAUUGAUUUUUUAUUUAGAAUAUCGAUUAAUAAUUAUAUUAAUGAAUAUUUUUUAACGAUUAUUAUGUAUGUUUAUAAAUUAUUUUAUUAUUCGUUUUGCUCUAGAUCUGCUUUUUAAUAUAAUAGAUCUAAUAAUAAUUUUAAUAAUCAGUUUCAUGUAUUGGAACGCUUUGCGACAUGCUCUGACUAGGCCUGACAUAUGCGCACUGUUGGUGAUUGUCGACUCGUAAAAUCAUCAUUCAUCAAUUACAAUUUUGACACAUUUUACAAUUAUUUUAUAUGAUUUCGCCUAAAUAGCUUAUGUAGAUGCAUUUGAAUAUUUUCGUUUUUAGUUUUUAUUCAAAAAUGAUUUUUAAAUAUCACAAGAAGUACUUAAAUAUGUUUUUUUUGCGUGUAUGCUGUUUUUUUAAGUUUUGACGAGAAAUAAUUUCAAUUUAAAGAACUUAUGAAUAUUAAUUGCUUUCAUAUUUAAUUUAGCUAGUAACCAUGUAAUAAAUGAAUUCUAUCAUCGCUUUUAUUAAUAUUAUAAUUAUUUAAUCUUAUAUUGUACUGUAAUGCACAAUUUGAUUUUUCGCACAACUAAUAUAAUUAUUAUGAGUUCUUUUUAAUAAUAAUGUAGCGCUGAGUUAUAUUGUUUAAAUAAUAUAUUAUGUGGAGGUCAUUCUUUUUAAGUGAAUUAUGUUUCAUUAUUUGCAUAGAAAUCAAGUAGUGCAAACCUAACUAAAAUAAACACAAAAAUAAACAUGUUAAAAACAUCGAUAAAUUCAUUUCUAUUAAGGUAAUAUAGACACGAUUAAUGUGAUAAAUGUAAAUUGUGUCUCACAUUUUCUUCCAAAAAAGGAUAAUUAAAGGUUUCAUCUAUAUUCGAUAGUAUAAAUUUCAAAUAUCAUGGUAGUAUGUCAAUUUAAUUGAAUGUAAAAAUAAAACAAAAAAAAUAAAAUAAAAUAAUGGCCAUAAUUUCUUUCUAGCUUCAUGUUUAUCGAUUGUAUUUGCGCCGAUUUUUAUGACAAUGGAUACAUUAGUUGAUAGCUAUAAGUUUGAAAGUUAAAUUCCAUAAUAUCGCGUCUUUCUAGUUAUUGUGUAUAUCAUUUUACUAUUGCGUUAUCUUAUUAUCUAGUCCUUAACAAAAAUAUUCGGCAAAAAAUGAUGGUAAAGUAUAGGGUUCAAUUGGAAACACUUCGAUGAUUAUUAUGAUUAAAAGGACACUUGCACUGCCAUUGCGUACGUUUCAUUUGAUCUUAUUUUGUAACAAUUAAAUUUAAUUAUUAUAAAGUAAUAACUAAAUUUAUUUUUAAUAUUAUGGUUUAUACGUGUUGUAUAUAAUAUAGCUGAAACUAUGCAAUAAAUGUCAGUACAUUGUUAUUAUAAGCAAUAAUGUAAGUAGAUCCUUCUUAAGUUAGGUAUUGAAAAAUAAUAAGCCGUUACUUUAUUUUGUAUUUAUAUUUACAAGCAAAAUAUUUACAAUACGUAUCUAUAGCUAAGUAUACUUUUAAAACGAAUAUGACGAUGUAUUGAAAAAUGGACCGUGUUAAGAGUGUAUAAUUAUAUGAAAUGUUAAAUUUAAUAAACUAUAGUGUAACGCAGAAAUUGGUGUAGAGAAAUGUGUGUUGAACAUUGUUUGACGACUACCUAGAGGGCGCUUUUUCUAAAUUUUGUCUCUCGGAAUAUAGCGUACCUUCUCUUUUGGUUCAUACUUUAAUUAUUAAAAUGUGAUAAAAAACAACAUAAGCCUAACACGAAAUUAAAAUGAUAAUCGACCCUAUACUUCACAUCACUUAUUCAAAACAAUUAAGUAAAUACACAUUUAAAGGCUUUUGCUAUAAAAAGCUUUGCGUGUUGUUUGUAUUAUAAUAUCUCAAUUCACCCACGGAUUCGAAUUAGUUAAAUGAUAUAAAUCAUUUAAUGUUAUAAUGUAAAAGAGAUCAAUAUUUUAAUAGAUAAUUUUAAUCGCGUAUCAAUUGUUAGAUGUUCGUGAUAAAUUUUAUGAAUAUUAUAGUUAUCAGAAUGUUCUAAAUACUUUCCAAUUUAAUGGUUCUAAAGUAUCACUACUUCACUUCUUGAGCUCACUUCUAAUAUUCUAACUUUACCUCACGAAAACAACGUCUAAAUUAUAUUAGUUACUAGGAAAAAUUAACCUAGAGAAUAGGUUUAAACUUCCUUACACUUUAAUAAUGUUACUAUAUAUACAUAAAACGCUUAUACGUACAAACGCGGUAAAGGCGAGAUUGAAAUUAAUAAAUAAUUCUGUCUGUGUAACAUUUUGUUGACUGAAGACUGAAGUACGUAUUUUGCGCACAAAAGCAUGGUAUAUACGGUUUGGCAACAGCGCAUUUCGAUUUGAAGAAUAGAUUCAUUGUACCCAAAGCGUGGCAACGUCGCAUGCAACUUAGAUAAAAUUCUGUGCGUUAAAAAUAUUUCAAAGCUUACCAAUAAAAUCAUAUUAUUCUAAAAAUACAAACGCGGUUGAAAUUUAUAAUACAAAUUAUUAUGAAUAAUCAAGAAAUAUACCAUUAAAAUAUUUUAUCUCGCCAAUACAUCUAAUCGCCUUACGUUGUAAUAUUAUGAUAAUAUUUCGUAAGUACAUAAAAAUGUUCACAAAAUUCACCAGGCCAUUAUAUUAAGCCGUUUGCUAGAAAAUUUAACAGUAUUUUGAUUCAUUAAGGAAAUUUAAUUUUUUGUCUUCCAGUAUAUUAAGCUGUAGACAUUUUAAUGAGUACUUUAAUUGGCCUUUAUUCGUAUCGUAGUUAAAUGAACAUUUUGAGGUUAAUUUUCUAGUAUCUUGUUAUCCCGUAGGUACCUAUGUUUAGGUGCUAUCACUGAUUAAUUACGUUAAAGAAAUAUACUAUAGAGGAUGCUUCAUUAACAUAUUCUAAAGUUGAUAUAUUCAUAGACUAUUAUAUUACCAAUAAUAUUAAACGGUUAUAUCUUACAAGUUACAAACUAUAGCUUCAAUUUAUCUCUAAACACCUAGAUAGAUAUGAUUUUGCUCCACUACUAUAAGCUUAAAUAAUAUUUUUCUCUUCGCUAAGUUUUUCUUCACUGUUUUUUAAAUAUUACACAUGUUAAAUCUAUGGUGCGACGAAUACCCCGCGAGAUUAUAUUAGUUAUAUUGUCUCUUAGGUUUAUGUAUGAAUUACCCGGUUAUUAUUAUUUAUAGAAUUUUCGUACGCGUUUACGUUUAACUCAGGGUGCUAUUGCCUCCCGAAUGCGUAUUGAUGGAAGCCGUUUUGUCGAACACUAUAGUUUAACAAUUCAUGGAAGAUUGGAAAAAACCAAUCGACAAUUGACCAAAGUAUCUUUAUUCGUGGUUCUAGUGUCAUGUUAAUUGUCGGUUGGUUUUUGUAUAGGGGAGCAGGCGGGAGUGCAUUUGAAAUUAUCUUUACAAGCGUAUCUUUCUUUCUAAAGGACCAAAAUCAUGGUAACUUCAUGUACUUAUAUAAGCAAUAAAUGUGUACCUACAACUAAUUCUAAAUUCUAAAUAUUAAUAUCUACUUAUUCGUGUUUCUAGUGACACCAUUUUUGUGUAUUAGGUACAUAUCAAUUCUGAUUACUUAAUAAAUGUUUCGGACUAUUAAAUAAUUUAUAUAUAUACGUUGUGAGUCGAUGUUUAUAUUCACUUUGUGAAGUUUGAUAACAUAUUAAUAGCACCCUGCAAUUUGAACUUAACCGUAAUAUGUGUUGUAAAUGUCGUAAAUUAUUAAUCCUUUUAUUCGGAUUCUACAUUUCUGAUGUCACUUUUGAAAUUCUAUAUAAAUUUACUGUUCUGUGUAGUCAAUUCGUGAUUCCUAAUUUCUUCAAAACGACCUUGAUCUGAUACUGUUUUAGAUGUAAAGUUAUUGUAUCUAUUUAUUAAAUCUUUCUUCUCUCAAA